UUCCGGCAGCUCACCUUAUCGGGCCGACGUCACUUCCGGCAGCUCACCUGUGCCUUGUGUCGUAACUUCCUGGAGAUCCCUGUGUUGUGUGAGGUUCCUUCCUGGAGACGGCGGUUUGGGCAGAAGGAACAUCAAAAAAUUAUUGAAAGUGCACUUGGCCAACCCUUGUUUGAAGACACAGUUAAGAAGAAAAUUGAAUAUGGCUCAGUUGGUUAAACAAAAUUCAGAUGGUCCAAAUGGAAAUGCUACCUGUGGAUGGUAUACCGAUGCUCCAUAUGAAUAUACAGUUAAACCUGGAAAAAGAGUCACUGUUCGCCCUUCCUCCCAAAUUCCAGGCUUAAGUGCAGAGUCUGAUGAUAAAACCGUGGAGCAAAGGCCCAAACAGUUCAUUAAGGAUUUUGAUUCUGAUUAUGUCAAAUUAGCCAAGCAAGGUGGUCAUAAAAAUCUAUUGACUCAGCCUGAAAACGAUCCUAACGAAGUUUCAACAUCAACUUACAUCCCACCAGAUUGGUACAGUGACCUGGCUGCAUCCAAACCAAAGGAACAGAAAGAAACCCCUCAGAGAUAUGCUCCAAACUAUAUGGUCCACGAAGAGUUUGAUACAGAGCAAAAGGAAGAUAAAUAUGAAAUGAAAAGAGGUCCUUUUGAUUUUGACCAGGAAACCCAUAUUAACAGCGAUGAAAAGAAUGUAAAAUUCCCAUCGGUCAACCCAAGAUUUGAUGAUAAUAGCAUGACCACUUCUAGCAGAGAUCCUUCAAUGAAUCACAAAGAGGGAAAACUUGGGAAGAAGUGUUUUUUUCCACCUAUGCAAGGGCAUGAUAUGGCUAAGGCUGUUAACUUUGGCAAGCUACUAAGUCACGGAUACGGAGACGAUUGGUUUCAGCACCGUGAAGACGCUUCAACAAACAUACAAAAAUAAAAUCCUAAAACUAAAAAAUGUGUACCUAAUUUAUGUUUCAGUAGUGUAGUAACAACUAUUUCCUCUAGGGGAUUUUAAUGUAAAUUUAGACACUUUAGACCAAUCCAUAUCCCAGUAAAUAACUUGCUGCCGUUUCCAAUGCAAAAUUCUAAGCAUUUAGUUUAAAACAUUGUAUGUAAUUGAUGUCUUCUGCUUCCUUGUAUUUAAUGUGUUUUGGAAAUAAAUAAUUUAGUUCAAA